CUACAUUAUCUAAUUAAUUCUUUUGAAAGAUAAAUUUUCAACAUUGACAAACCCAAGUAAAGCGCGAGACACAUACUAGUUACACUAACAGAGAAUGUCAUCAUCAGCUAUUUUCAAAUCAUGAGAAAAUGUGUACAUCUGAUCAAGGAACGCAAAUGGAAGAAAUCAAAAUCAAAUGCACGAGGGAGUAGAAGGGAACAAAAUCAACAAAUUUGGAAUAUAGUAACACAAAAUGUAAUCGAAAAUUUUCUGAACCUAAAACAGCACCCCGUAUUUGCCAAUCAACCGGUCAGUAAGCUCCAAGUCAGAAGUCCGGACAUAUAACCAUCAUAUUUCGGUGCUAUGGUUUUCAUCAAUUCUGAUACAACCAGAACCCAACACAUUCCACAUCAGUAGGGGGUUUUUACUUCGAGCUGACUUUGUUGCGUUUUGCAGCUUUCUUUCCUUGACCCUUCUUUGGCGGUCCUUUUCCACGACGUUUUAACAUCUCAAGCUUGCUUAAACGCCUGCCAAGUAUAGAUGCAGAAGUAAAAAAUCGUAUAACCACAAAACAUGUAAGUAGGAAAAAACACUGCUGGUAGAUGAGCCUUUCUAUGAUUACAAUGAUAAACACAGCAUUUACUUCAAGAAAUUUAAUCAGGCAAAAAAAAGGAAACACCACCAGCUGCAAAUACAUGUUAUUGAACAGCAAGAAUUUACUUGCAGUAAGAAACAUAAGGUGGAACUCUGGAAAGGAGAUGGCAGUAAUAAUAUAGAAGUCUAUCUGUAUAUGCUGAGGCUACCACCAUUUUUUUUUUUUGAAAAUGGUACCUGUAUUUAGUAAGAAGUACCUAUACUAUUACAUCGACACGAAUUAUGGCUACCACCAUAUGAUUAUACCCAAAUCUUGCAUUAGGACAUGGAAUCCAGUCAAUAUGUUCUGCUAAACAAACAAGUAGCUCGCAUAGAAGUUCUUGAUAUGCAUAGGGUCCAGUGAAGGGUCAAAUUAUGAAGAUCAAACAUAGCAGCCUCACUCUGUAAAAUGACACACGAAAACCUUCAGGGCUAUCCAUAGAUUUUAUCAAAGAAUAAAAUCUUAUUUCUAACUGUUACACCGGUGUAGAAACGCUUCAUUUGAACCAAAACUGACCCAAAUAGAAUUGCAUCAUGUGCUUCCUAAAGCAUCUAAUCUACCAAACAAUGCUCAAAUUGAAUGAUCCCAGAUUUAAGACUUAAGUAAUGGACCCCAAAACUAAAAUCCAAAAAGGCCUCAUUGUUCUUGUUGCUAGCAUAUCAUAACAAAAAUUAGUAUACGAAAACAGAAAAGCCAGGGAUGACACCAGCAUAUAAGCAUUAUUAGACAUUAUAAACAGGCACAUUUCAGAAGCAAGAAAAAUUUAAGUGAAAAGGGGAAAAGAGGAGAUUACUCUUGCUCCUUUUGCGCCAUGACAAGAGGAUCGUCUUGCUUAAUAUCAUGAGGAUACCAUUGUGAAACCUUCUCUCCGAUGAGCUUCUUGCGCAAAAUUUUGUGCGCAGAUCUUUGACCAGAUGGGUUAAGUAUGUGACCGAAUAUUCGUGCCCUUGCUUCAGUAACCCCCUUCAUGGCUGCCUCAGCAAGCACACUUUUUAAGCUCCCUAAGCUCAUUUUUAUUAUUCAAACACAAAUCAAACUGCAAAGAACCCUGAACACAUUAAGAUAAAAUAGUCAGGAAUUGUAAUCCAUUUUUCAACUUUUGGAUGCAAACUGACUCCAACAUCGUCGAUAAUACAAAACAAAUACAUCAAGAGCUGCUGUUGUGACUGUUUCUGAAACUCCAGCAGCAGUGAUCAGUUUCAUUAUGUGCAUUGACAGAGCACGAUGACUCGUGUAGUCCAUCAGUGAUCAGGAGGGUGAUUCAACAUUUUGCCAAAGCCCAUGACCAAUAUAACUCCUUUGUAUUAUACAAGAACCGAAACUUCCUCUUUGGAAACAAGAGCUAAAUAUGAAAGAAACAAUGUGCAGCUUGCAGCAUUCUACACCCACAAGUACUGAACUUUUUAGUUCGCAAAAACUCUUUAGCCUGAUUACGUUGACUAGCAAUUCCACUUCUGCAAAAAGUACUUAGGACUCUCCUUAGGAUGAUCUCUGAGUAUCUUCCCUAAAAAAGCCCACAAAUGAUAUGAUAAAAUGGAUGGGAAAAAGCUACUCACUUUAUUAAUGCUGGCCUAUUAGAAUCAAAGUUCCUUACUCAAAUCUACAGAAGAAAUUAUCUCUUAUUCAUCUACAUAUCGUCUAGGUUUCAAGACUACGACCUCAAACACACACACUACACACCAACCAACCCUUACGAUGACCAGAAUUGGCACAGUUAACAAUAUAAUUCUUCAGGCUAAAUGCAGAAAAACUUAUUUCAGGCCAAGAAAAGAAACAAACCAAAAUUAUUUCAGGAACACACCUUCUUCCCGGAACAAGAACAAAAUAAAAAAAGGUUACAUCUUUGAUAAAAACCCAUUCCAUUUUUCCAUCAAAUCGUUUUUGGGUGCUGCAAACUGCAAAGUCUAAACAAAAAGCACACACAAACCCAAAAGGGAGGGUGAAUGUGAAUACAUUGGGUCACAAUCAUUGAAAGAAAACUUCGCUAAAAAGAAUGAAACAAACUCAAAGAGUAAUAUAACGAUUCUUCAAGCUCACUAACAAAAGAGAUGAUGCAAAUCACCGAAAAAUAAGAGUUACAAAUCCACAAAACAAAAAGUAGAAUAUUGAAAAAAAAAAAAAAAGAAGAAAAAAGAAAGCUUUACCGAAUAGUGACACUUUGAGGAAUUGAAGGAGGAAGUUUAUUUCUCGGAUAGGCCGGGAGGACGCCGGCCGGCGGCUGGAAAAUGUAAUAUACCGGAUCUCUAUCCGUGGAGAUGGACGAGAGAACGAACUAUGAACUAAACCCGGGGGGUUUAUUUAGGCAACCGGAAGUCAGUGAAGCUUUGGGGCUCUUUUCAUAAAUGAACAAAAUUACACAGUUGAUCCUCUCUACUUUAAGAAAUGUUUGAUUUAAUCCUCUCUACUUUAAUUAUUUGAUUUAGGGCGUAUUUUGUCAUAUGCGUGUGUGUCUGGUAAAUACCCAAAAAUCCAACUCUCUAUGCUCAGCCAUCUUUGGGUUUUCCUGUAAUUAAUUAGAGGCAGCAAAAAAUUUCAUUGGAAAAAUCUGUUAACAUUUUAAUGAAAGAAAAUAAACAGCUAAAGUAGUGGCUCCCUCCGCCUCUGCCAGGGUGGUUGGCCCUUGUUCUCCUCCAGUUCUUGCUCCCUUCAAGUACCGAUGCCUUACCACAACUUGUGCCAAGGGAAAAGGUAAAUUAACAAAUUGAAAAAUGGAUAAAAAGUCGGAGAGGUUUUCCGUGGAUUUCCUCAUGGGAGGAACUGCAGCAAUUGUAUCGAAAAGUGCUGCAGCGCCUAUCGAGAGGGUGAAACUUUUGUUGCAGAAUCAGGGAGAGCUUAUUAAAAGAGGGUAUCUUACCAGACCUUACGUUGGUGUUGGUGAUUGCUUUAAAAGAAUAUUUACAGAGGAAGGUCUUUUCUCUUUUUGGAGGGGAAACCAGGCCAAUAUCAUUCGAUAUUUUCCAACUCAGGCUUCCAAUUUUGCAUUCAAAGGGUAUUUCAAGAGUAUCUUUGGAUGCUCAAGAGAGAAAGAUGGAUAUGUACGGUGGUUUGCAGGAAAUGUUGCUUCAGGGAGUGCUGCUGGAGCGACAACAUCAUUACUUCUUUAUCACUUAGAUUAUGCUAGGACACGGCUGGGAGCAGAUGUGAAGGAGUGCUCAUUUAACCAAAAACGCCAAUUCAAAGGGCUACUAGAUGUUUACCGUAAGACCUUGUCAACUGAUGGCAUUAGUGGCCUCUAUCGAGGGUUUGGGGUUUCAAUCAUUGGCAUAACACUGUAUAGAGGAAUGUAUUUCGGAAUCUACGACACCAUGAAGCCUGUUAUUUUGGUUGGCCCCUUUCAGGACAAUUUUAUCGCUAGCUUCUUCUUGGGUUGGAGCAUAACGACUUUUUCUGGGAUUUGUGCUUACCCUUUUGACACAUUGCGUAGGAGGAUGAUGUUAACCUCUGGGCAACCAUUAAAGUAUCGCAAUGGGGCCCAUGCAUUCCGUGAAAUCAUACGGCACGAAGGUUUUGCUGCCCUCUUCCGGGGAGUGUCAGCAAACAUGCUUCUCGGUGUAGCUGGGGCUGGUGUGCUUGCAGGGUACGACCAGCUAUACAGAUUUGUAUAUAGUAGAUCCACUUAUGAUUUGGAACCACAGAAAGCCGUUAAGUGAUGUCUCUGUAUAGAAUGGUAGAUGAGUUCUGCCAAAUAACUAGGUAUGUUGAUGUAGAGGGGCUUUUUCUGAUGCUGAUAUCAACCUCUCAAAUUCAGUUCCCCACCCACAAGAAGAAUUACAGAAAAGUAGAACACGAGGAAGAAAGAGAAAAGAGAAAAAGGAGAAUAAGGGCAGCUGGGCAGCUGCUCUCAACACUUCGUAUUUUUUUCUGUACAGUUCAAACAUGUAAAUAUAUACACAUUUUCAUUCCUCAUUAGCUGGUGCAUUCUGUUUCUUGGAACUCCAUAUUGUUUGACAAGACAUUGUAUGACAUGGAGAGUUCAUUAAUGUUCUUUCUUUCAUUGUGAUCCUGAACACACAGUUGGCAGCAUGAACCUUUUUAAGAGAAAUGUCAAUUGUGGGAAAGAACUCUGUAUCCUUUUUUCUUGUAUAUCUCUUUUAUACAAUUAAAAUCGUGUACUGGUUACUCAGCUGAAAAUGUGCGAUAAAGCUGAUUUUUUUUUUUUUUUUUUUGGUUGUGUCACCUCUCUCUCCUAAUUGCAACAAAGUUUCUUUUUGUUUUCUCCAAUUUUCAGGUAACCAUUUGUUCACCCACCUAUGCUAAGAGCCAGAACUUCUUGUGGCGCUUGGUCGUGAUCAGGUAUCCUCCGCGUCUUCUGCUUUUCCUCCUUACGGCAAUUGUCAUGCAAUUCGCAUUCUGUAUGCAGUAUUCCACCACCAUAUUAUUACUGUUCCUAUUAGUCCUUUUCCCUCUCCAUAUCAUCAGCUUCUGUAGGCGCCACAUGAUUGAUCUCCUCUUUUGCCCAAGAACCAGCAGGGAGACCUUUCUUUCUUUAGCUUCUUGGACAAUGAUUGAUGCCUUUUCCUUUCCAAGGCACACUGCUAUUUCAACCUCCACCUAAUUUAGAUAAGGAAAUAAGAUUUUUGUGUGUUCUAUAAUGAAUGAAGUUGUGUAUGUUAGAAAAAAGAGGCACAUACCCCUGGUCUCCUCAUUUGACAUUCAUUUUUCAUGGAAUGUAGCAUUUCACGCACCUUAUCAUUGCCAGGAUUUGAAUUCGUACCUGCAACAAGAAACAGGUUGGCAGAGUCAUAUUAUCAUCAGUGCUUGUUUAUGGUCGUGCAUGCUAAAUCAUGAUUUCAGGAAUGUAGCUAAGCCAGAACUUGUUGAUUUAAAAGUCGCAUCAGUCAAUGAGAGAAUUCAUAUGUCGGGCUAACCUUGCUUGCUGGAAGGUUUUGAUACGUGUAGAAGAACGAUGGUAUCCUGGGGUUGAACAGUGUGGGAGAGUGCCCAUUGGAGGGCGCUUUUAGCUUGGAGACUAGAAUCAACAACCACCAUGACCCGGUUGCUGCUGGGGGUCUUCUGCUUUGUCAGUCCGUCAUCAUUGAAGUCGUCGAUCUCACGGCUGCUGCUUUUGCUGGUAAACCCUGCAGAGUCAUCCUCCUCAAAUUUGAGGAAAUUUUCUGCCUUUUUCGAAGGUGAAGGGACACGAACACAAGCCACGGCCACGGCCACGGCCCUCGCCUUGAAGAAAGCCGGUAACUUUGCAGGUAGCCGUGCCAUCAAAUGACUGAUUAUUAUGAGGCCCUUUUGAGUCUUAGAGUGUGAAGUAUGUGUAUGCAUUGGCUGAAUAUAUAUGGAAAUUUGCCAGCCCUAAUCAAUGAGUCCAACAAAUCAUCGAAGAAUCUCUGGUUACCAUUCUGUUGGUUAGUGUGAUAAGUCCAAAGGUGGUGGGGUUAUAUCAUUUGACGUGCAUACCAUGAAGUGAAGUGAAGUCAAGUCCAUUGAUCUGUCAAAGAAUGUAUAAAGUCCACAUUGAUUUGAGACUGGAAAGUGAUCUGCCUGCUUGCGUCCUUGUUAGCAAGAAAAGAGAUACGAUUAUUUAAACAAAUCAAAGUCAAACCAACAAAAGGGUAUGUGUGUGGGUUUAUUAUUGGAGAAAUGGGAAUGUAUUGUUUGGUGGAUUUGGAAGCACGUUCUGGUGUGUGUUGCACAAAUAUUACUGGAUUCCUUUGAGAAGUGAUAACAUUUCUUUUUACUUUAUUAUUAUUAUUAUUUUUUAUUUUUUUGGAUAGGCUGGUUGGUCGUGUGGUUAGAAGGAAUGAUUUGUAUUCCUUUGAUUUUUCUAAUUUAAAUUGGUGUCUUAUAAAUAAACUCUUAAUUUAAAUUUAUGACUUGUGAAUAAUACUCUCUCCAUUUUGAAAUAUAUGUCGG